UGGGUUGUGCUAAUCCUUGCGCUUGCGGCCUAAGCGCUCCGCUUCUUUCACAGUGGAUCGGAUUUCGUUACACUCGCCUGUCCAAAUAAUUCAUUUAUGGAUUGUUGGUCGCUAAUUUGGUGAUGUAAGGAACUGCAUUUCGAGUGAGCCGCCUGCAUUGCGAGAGUGAGUCCUUCAAGAUGGACCUCAUUCUCGACGUCAACACGUGGCUGUACCCCAUGGAAUUGGGCGACAAGUUCCGGCUGGUGCUGGCGACGACGCUGCAGGAGGACGGCUACCCGGACAGCGGCGACUGGAACCCGCGCGAGACGGAGGGGUCGCGCGCCGACCGCUUCGAGUACAUCAUGUACGGCAAGGUGUACCGCAUCGAGGGCGACGACGCCGCCACCGAGCCGUCCAGCCGCCUGGCAGCGUACGUUUCGUUCGGCGGCCUGCUGAUGCGUCUGCAGGGAGACGCCAACAACCUGCACGGCUUCGAGGUGGACCAGACCAUGUACCUGCUCAUGAAGAAGCUUGCCUUCUAGACUGAAAACUUGUAUUACAAUCUCGUUUAAUAAAUGCCUUACCACUUUCUGUAA